CUUCCAGUCUUCUACUAAAAGUUGCAGGAAACCCAAAAAAACAGUAAACUCACUCACUUACUUUUUAUGUUUUAUUUUGGUCAAUACACGCCCAACCUUUUCAAUUACGCUACCACUUCAAACCACGCAAGCUCCCAACACCUCAAAGAGUGAGAAGAAAGAGUGAGAAAGUGAACUUUCUUACCAUCCAAACAGAGUUUUGAAGAAAUGACCAAAGACGAUGACUUUAAGCUCCUCAAAAUCCAGACUUGUAUUCUCAAAGUGAACAUUCACUGUGAUGGUUGUAAGCAGAAAGUCAAGAAACUCCUUCAGAGAAUUGAAGGUGUUUACCAAGUGAAAAUAGAUUCUGAUCAGCAGAAAGUCACAGUUUCUGGAAGUGUGGAUUCUGCAACUUUGAUCAAGAAACUGCUCAGAGCUGGGAAACAUGCUGAGAUCUGGUCCCAGAAAUCUAAUAACCAAAGCCAGAAGGGAAACAACAACUGCAUCAAAGAUGACAAGAACAACAACAACAACAAAGGGCAGAAACAGGGCAUCCUCAAGAACUUCGAAGCCUUCAAAAACCAGCAAAAGUUUCCGUCUUUCAGCUCCGAGGAAGAUGAUGACUUCUUAGACGAUGAGGAAGAAAGCGAGGAGGACAAGCUGCGAUUUAUCCGUGGGAUGCUCAGGCAGCAGCAGCAGCAGCAAGCAAAUGAUGCAAACAAUGCAAAUGCAAAGAGAAAUGCUGGAGUGAUCAACGCAGCUGCUGCAGCUCCCAACAAUGUGAAGAUGAUGAACAACAUUGUUGAAAGUGUGAAUCCCGGGAAGAAAGGUGGGCCCCCGAAUCAGAACAUGAAGGCGAAUCCAGGCGGGAUUGAUCCGAAAACAAUGGCCGCCCUGAAGCUGAACAUCAAUAACGGCGAAGCUAAAAGAGGAAACAUGAAUGACCUGAGUGCGAUGAUGAAUUUGGCCGGUUUUCAUGGAAAUGCCGCUGCAAAUGCUGCUGCUUUGGAGGCAAAUCCCAAUGUUCUUGGAGGGUUUCAGGCUCAGGCAAACCCUAAUGCAGCAGGUUUCCCAGGUGGUGGAUAUACCACGGGGCAAAUUGGUCAACAACACCCAUCUUCUAUCCUGAUGAAUCCAAAUGGGUACACCCACCCAUCACAGAUGAUGAAUAUGCAGGCUAGGCAAGCAGCAAUGCAGCAACAGCCACAGAUGAUGUAUCAUAGGUCUCCCUUGGUUCCUCCUAGUACUGGCUACCACAAUUACUAUCCUAGCCCCGGCCCUACCUUUUCCCCUACAGCCGCCGCAUACCCCUACGGCGGUGAGCCUAGUUACGGCAGUAAUAACACUGCUGCUCACAUGUUCAGUGAUGAGAACACCAGCAGCUGUUCAAUCAUGUAAUUUCAUCAGCUAGGAAAAAACAAGCGUGUAGAGGUGUAUGGGAGGGGAGAGUGAACUUCUCUGUUUUAAUUGGUGGGGUUUUUAGGGCGACGAGUCGUUUGUUGGAGUGAAUCUAAUCACUUGUCUGUGUAAUGUAAUCUGUAGUUGUUGGGGUAAUGUUUCCCCUUCUUGCUUCAGGACUGACUUUAAUCCUACUAUCCUAGUAAAUAAUCUGCAUUGUUCUUGUAA